AUGAGCCUACCCCAACAACCCGUCUACGUGAUGGUCCCAUCACCAGGGCCUUCAAUCGAAAGCGACCGACUCCUCCUUCGGCCAAUUACCGACGCCGAUGCCGGCGCACUAUUCGCCAUUCGUUCCCGGCCCGAAGUGGCAGAAAUGAACCACCCCAAAACACCGUUCAAAUCAAUAGAAGAAACCCGUGAAUGGAUGGCAACCAAGGUGUUCACAAGUGGUCCUUCGGAUAUCAUCGGACGUUCAUUUAACUAUGCAAUUGUGGACAAGUCAAUUGCCGAAACAGAGGAGCGAGUCGUUGGGUCUCUCAGCAUCAACCAAGUAGACCCUUUUCCUGAGAUUGGAUACGCAGUGCAUCCAUCUUCUUGGGGGAAAGGGUAUGCAACAGAGGCUUUGCAAUUGAUGUUGAAGAUGUGGUGGAAUCUGCCGCGUCGAACGGUUGACACUAGAGAUGUUAGUCCGGCAGAGCCUGAGAAGGCCUUUGCUCUUUGCGAAAAGAGAAAUGCUGGGAGUUGCCGUGUGCUAGAAAAAUGUGGUUUCAAGAUUGUGGGUGAUUUCCAAGAAGAGGGAAUUGACCUUUUUAUUUUUGCGUUAGAGCGACCAUGA